AUGGAUGACGACGAGUAUCAACGCGCGUUGGAUGAGGCGUUUGACGCGGUGGUUGAAGAGGUGGAGCGGGAAGAGCGUGCGGCGGCGGCAGCGGUCCCUCGUCCGAUCCAUCAUCGGCAGACAGUCCGACGUGACCAUGUCGGGGCUAACCAACUGCUGUUGGAUGACUACUUUGCCGGAAACCCCCGUUUUCUGCCAGAGCUUUUCUGUCGGCAUUUCAGAAUGUCGCAACGGCUCUUCCUCCAUAUAUCGACGUCAUUGGCCAGGCGGUACAUGUGCUUCACCCUCCGACGUGAUGCCAGUGGCCGGAUCGAACUGUCGAUGUUGCAGAAGUGCACCGCUGCAAUUAGGCAGGAUGCGUAUGCCAGACUGGCUGAGGCAGUUUUGGAUGAUGGGCAGCAUAGAUUGCAUACAUUGGGAAUGGAGGAACUGUCCGGUGGCUUGGAAAUGACAGUUCACAAUUGGGUUCAAAAGCAAACACUCGUCGAUGAUCCAAGAAGCCGGUCUAACAACAACAUCAACGUUCUGCAGUCGUCGCCUCUCUUCAAUGAGCAGUGCCCGAGUGAGGGUCCGAAGAUUAGCUUUGUGGCCAGCGGCACGCAGUACAAGAGGGCCUACUAUUUGGCAGAUGAGAUAUACCCUCUGCGGUGGGAUGAGAGGCUUUACAAGGGAGAUACAAUUAAGGAGAAUCAGCCUUGUGAUUCUUCGUGA